AUGAGAGCAGUUGAACGGAAUGUAGCAGCGAAGGUGAAGGAAAUUCUUCGUACUGCUGCCGGAGGUGAUCUCAACUCAGCUUUGAGUAGUUAUGAUCAAUUUAGAGAAACGAAUGAUGUACCAGACUGGGGAGUUGUGAAACUGUCCAGUAUAUUGCUGGCCAAUGGUCGAGAGAAGGAGUCAGAAAAUUUGUUGCGACAACAUUAUCAAGAAUAUGGAGGAGAGCAUCGUUUUGGUCGGUUCUAUAUCGAGGUUGCUUCUUCAAUAGUUCUGAUGGAGAAGCAACAUCGAUAG